AUGUACAUUGUAGGACCUACGCAUACCUCCGUCACGCCUCUCGAUCUCGUAAAAUGCCGCCGUCAAGUCGACCCCAGCAUCUACAAAUCCAAUCUCUCCGCAUGGCGCUCGAUCUACGCUAAAGAAGGCCUCCGGGGCGUCUUCUUCGGCUGGUCCCCGACCUUCAUCGGCUACUCGUUCCAAGGGGCCGGGAAAUACGGCUUCUACGAAUACUUCAAGUACCUGUACGGCGAGCAACUGUUCCCCAACAUGAACCGCACGGCGGUCUUCCUGGGCGCCAGCGCCUCGGCCGAGGCUCUCGCGGACCUGGCGCUCUGCCCGCUGGAAGCGAUAAAGGUGCGCAUGCAGACAACGCUGCCGCCGUAUGCGCAGAACCUGCGUGAAGGAUGGAGUAAAGUCGUCGCUAAGGAGGGGUUGUCGGGUCUGUAUAAGGGCUUGUAUCCGCUGUGGGCGAGACAGAUCCCCUAUACGAUGACUAAGUUCGCGACCUUCGAGGAGACCGUUAGUAUUAUCUAUAAGACGCUGGGGAAGCCGAAGGAGAGCUUCAAUGGCUUGCAGCAGACCGGCGUCAGUUUCUUGGGUGGUUACAUUGCUGGCAUACUCUGUGCGAUAGUCAGUCAUCCGGCUGAUGUCAUGGUGAGCAAGCUGAAUGCCGAUCGGCAAGCGGGCGAGGGCGCGAUGAAAGCCGUGUCCCGGAUCUAUGGGAAUAUCGGGUUCUCCGGGCUGUGGAACGGCCUGCCAGUUCGGAUAGUCAUGCUGGGAACGUUGACCGGAUUCCAAUGGUUGAUUUACGACUCCUUCAAGGUGUUCCUCGGUCUUCCGACCACCGGAGGCCACUGA